GUGUUGAUUGACAUUAUGUUGGAUUGAUAUCUAGCCUCUAUUGCCUACUACGAUCCAUCGCAACCCUCGAUCUCAUAGUAUACUUCGCAACUCAAGAGCAUCUUCUACUCCAGCCCCGCCGAAGAACACCUACCCCGCCAUCCUUUUAUUGCAUGGGAUUACAAUAUCAUGGCAUAUGACAGGCAGGCGACUCAGCAGAGCUUAAACUCUCUGCUGUCAAAACUGACAGAUCCUGACCCGGAUAUCCGCUACAUGUCCCUCAACGACCUGUUGACCACCCUCGAACAAGCCAACUCCGCGUACCUGUCGCAAGAUGUUCAUUCUUGUUCAAAGCUAGUAGAGGGUCUUCUCAAAGCCCUCGAGGACCAACAUGGCGAAGUGCAAAAUCAGGCCUUGAAAUGUUUGAAGCCGCUUGUCACUCGCCUUCCUCCGGAAAUAGUUACUCCCUUAAUCGAUAAACUCACUCAUAUGACGGCCUCCGAGACAAUUGAUACCUCCGUUCCCAAUACUGCACUGAGAAUCAUCUUGGCAGCUUUGCCUCGUCCGGACCCCAGCGCCCCUCUUUCUCGAGAAUCUCAAGCAGGGUGUAUGGCAGUGUCCAAGGUUUUGAUUCCAAGACUUGUCGGGGGAACCGUUACGGCCAAUGGACAAUCUAAAGUAAAUGGGAUGUUGGCAAAUGAUCCAGAAAAGGGAUACAGCAGCGAGGCCCUCGAUGUGUUGAUCGAAGUGGUAAGGCAUUUUGGCCCGAUGUUGAACGAGCGCGAGUUGGCUUCUCUGGAGGAGACGGUGAUGGCUAUUGUUGAAAAUGACAACGCUGGAACUGUAGUUAUAAAACGGGCUUUGACAGCCGUCUCGGCUCUCCUAGCCCACUUCUCAGAUGCGCAGUUAAGCACGUUCGUUUCCACACUGAUAGAAAGCUUUCGAUCACCACACCUUACACCCACCCGCCGUCGGCAUCUCAUUGGGACAAUAGCAGCGUUGGCUAGGUCAAUCCCUUCUAAAUUUGGCCCUUAUCUGAGGACGUUGGCCCCUUUUGUGCUCUCAGCCGUCAGCGAACAGGAAUUAAGUGAAAUGCGAGACGAUGACUCGGAUACAGGCGACCACGAUUCGGAAGAAGAUGAAUUACGCGAAACAGCCCUGGCGACGUUGGAGACUUUACUUGGAUCUUGUAGCAGUGAAAUGCAACUUUAUCUAUCCGAUUCGAUAAAGGCAGCGUUGCGGUAUCUCAAGUACGAUCCCAAUGUAGCGGAGGUCGAAGAUGAGGAAAUGGGUGGGACGCAAGAUGAGGGUAGCGAUGAUGGGGCGACUGAGGAGCCCGAAGAUGACAAUGAUGCAUUUGAUGAUUUUGAAGAGGAAGAGGGAUACAGUGAUAUAGAUGAUAUGAGCUGGAAAGUCCGCAGAUGCGCUGCUAAGGUUUUAUAUACAAUCAUCGCGACUCAGCAGAAUAAUCCGAAGGCUCUUGAAGAUGGCCCUAUAUAUCAGACAAUCGCACCUGCUUUACUUGCGAGGUUCACUAAAGAAAGGGAGGAAUCCGUCAAACUUGAAGCUGUUGCUAGCAUGAACUGUCUUGUCAGGAAAACUGGAGAGAUAUCAGCGGUGAUCAAUCCUGACAUACAUCUCACCAAUGAAUUUGGGAGGGGGAGAACCUCUAGAAAGAGAAGAAGACAAGACAGUGAUGCUAAUCUAUUUGAUUUGGAGUCGGAGGUCGCAUCUUCACUUGCCAUGAGUUCCCCAAUUACCACAGGCUCAAUUCCAAGUUCGGGUCCACAGGCAGAGAUUGCAAAGUUGACACCCAGUAUCAUUCAGAAUAUUGUCAAAUUAUGGAAGCGGGCGUCUAUACCAUUGAAACAGGCCGCGAUUUCGUUAUUGAAAAGUCUAGCCCUUGUUCGGUACGGUGGACUUUCCGAAUUCCUACAGCAAAUCGAAGACCCAAUCGCAGACGCCUUAAAGACCUCUGCAAUGUCAUCAGGCUUCUCCGUCUCUGCUGGUACAACAUCCGUCAGCUCUAGCAGCUUGCAGAUAGAAACUCUUAGUCUGAUUGCCGCGAUUUCGGAAACGCAUGCAUCCAAUGCGCUCCUACCGUUCCUCAUUGCCCUAAUCCCUGGAGUUGUAAGCGCUGUGAACGACAAGAAUUACAGGGUUGCAAGUGAGGCGCUUGGAGCAGUGGAGCAAAUCGAGAAGGCCUUGACACCGCCCCGCGUGUCUGCAACUGAACAUGACCUUGGGCCACAGUUAGAAAAGCUAUUCUACAUAAUAGUUGAUAGGAUUGCGGACAACAGUUCUGAUCUGGAAGUUCGCCAGCGAGCGAUCCACGUCCUUGGAGUAUUGCUGGGCCGCACUUCCGGAGCCCCGAAGUUCAUUUCUCCCGUUCAACGGGCUGCGGGGUUGACGCUGUUAGUCGAUCGCCUGCGAAACGAAACAACAAGGCUUGCAACAGCUCGUGCCAUCGAUGAUAUUGCUCUGCUUGCUAGUGGCCCGGAUGAUGUCGCAUCUCCUUGGGUCCGUGACGUAACAUUAGAGCUUGGAACUCAGCUUCGUAAAUCCGACCGCGCACUGCGAGGCUCUUGUUUAGAGGCGCUGAAAAGUCUUGCAAUCAAUCCGCAUACUCGUGCCCUCUAUGACACAAAGACAACACAAGAACUCACCAGUUUCCUCCGACCUCUACUCAGUACCGAUGACCUUCAUCUCCUCACCCCAACUUUAAUUAUUAUGGGCAAACUAAUUCCUGGUAAUGCGCAGCAGCUUAUCGACAAUAGAAUUGUGGCUGCCCUGUGUUCUAUUAUCCAGGCGCCUUUGGUGGGAACAGUCUUAAAGGCAUAUUUGCUUUUAGUUCGAGUUAUUGGAGAACAAGGAGCUGGGGCUGCACUGAUGCAGGCGUUGUUGAAGGAUGUCGGUGUCAGUGGAGACCCUGCUGUUGUCGGGAGAGCUAUUGGAACACUGCUUGUAUAUGGCGGUCCAAAUAUUGGGGUCAAGAUGGAAGACUUCCUGACAGAACUUCAAACAGCACAAGAUGCUCAACGAAAAUGUCUUGCCCUUGCAGUCCUAGGAGAAGUCGGCCUUCGCAUGGGACCCGCAUGCCCGUUGACCCCUGAAACGUUCAUCUCGAAUUUCACCUCUAAGUCUGACAAAGUACGGCUCUCCGCUGCUAUCGCCCUUGGAAAUUCCGGUGCGAGAAAUAUCAAAGCAUAUCUCCCUGUUAUCUUAGAAGGGCUAGAGGCGUCCGCGCCGUCAAAGUAUCUCCUCCUCCACUCCCUUAAGGAGAUCCUGCAACAUCCUGAAAGUGUUAGACCUGACGUCGCACCAUUUGCCACACGCCUUUGGCAACGAUUGCUCACGGCUUCUGACGACGAAGAUAACCGCGCAGUAGGCGCGGAGUGUAUUGGAAGAUUGUCUCUCAUCGAGCCGACCUCUUACAUUCCUUUACUUCAGAGCGCCUACGAAGCCGUCUACGCGUGUCUAGAAGUAGCCUUCGGCGCACUAAACGUCGCCGAAAUCUUCGACCGAAUCAUCGCCGGCAUCGAGGAUGAACAGGACGUCCGCACCAUAUCUAACCUAAUGAUCUCAAAACUAAUCGUCCUUGCACCGGAGGAGACGCGUGACCACCUCAACGCGCUCAGUGCACCACUGCGGAAGGUCCUCUCUACUAAACCCAAGGAAAACGCUGUCAAACAGGAGCUUGAGAAGGCGCAAGGGGCGUCAUUGGGAGUACUGAAGAUUACGCGGGAGUUGCAGAAGGCGUUCCCGACUGCGGAGGCAUCUGGUGAUCAGCGUGCGUGGAAGCUGUAUGUGGAGUGGGUGGGGAAGGAAUUCACACCUCUGAUUAGAUCAUUGGCGAAUGACGGCUAGAUUGGGGUGGGAUUUUGUCUCGUGGUGUAUUGCCCAUAUCCCAGUUUCCGUAGGAUGGCGAAUUGGCCAUGAUGGAAAGUAUCGCCUAUAUUGUUUAUUUGGGAGGCCUUCUUUUUCUUCAUGGCAUUGGUCCAGGACCGGGGGAAGAGCGGGGAUUGAACGCUUGAUCAGAUGGGAAGCAGGGGCUUGGUUCAGGAUCUCUGGUCCCUUCUUCUUCUGAGCCUGUUUUCGCUGUUGUCCUCCUUUGACUGUUGAAAGAUAAAUUACACUCGAAAUGAACCGAUAAUGAGGAUAGCCACAUAAAAAAUGAAGUUUUGACGGCCUCC